AACAGUAAUUAAAUGCAGAUAAGUUAAUGUAUCAGUGGUUUAAUUCAUACAAGUUUAGCAAAUAGAAUUAAAGGUGAACAAAUAAUAUUGAUAUGAUGACAAUAGUUACAUGGUUUGGUGGCUCAAAUUUUAAACAGGUCAGUUUUAAUACAGACAAGUGGAGCAUAGUCGUCAAGUUAAUUGGAACAAUGUGAUAUAUUAGGACGUCUUUUAUAUAUAUAUAUUGGUUGGAUUAUAUAACUUUGAGGACCAUAAUCUGGUCUCCGGAAUACUUACCAAAAUGGUGUUUAAUUAUCAAUCUAAUUAUGAUAGGGGAUAUGUUGUGGAAUAUUUAGACAGUAAUACAUCAAAGAGGUGUGAAGGAUUCAUAUUGUUACCAGCUGAAAACCUCUGGCAUGAAGGGGUUCGUGGAUCUCUCUAUCUCAUUGCUUUACUUUAUCUCUUUCUUGGAGUGGCUGUUGCCUCAGAUAUAUUCAUGAAUAGUAUUGAAGUGAUGACAAGCAAGAAAAGAACCAUUACAAGAGUAGACCCAGAGAACCCUGACCAUAUUGUCACUAUAGAAGUAUUAGUAUGGAAUGAAACAGUGGCUAAUUUAACAUUGAUGGCUCUAGGUAGCAGUGCUCCAGAAAUUCUCUUGGCUGUUAUAGAGCAGGUUCUAGUCUUAGGAGAAGAUCAAGGAGAUUCUCUUGGCACAUUUACUAUCAUAGGAAGUGCAGCUUUUAACUUAUUUGUCAUAACUUCUAUAUGUAUUGUCAGUGUUCCUUCACCAGAUGUUAAAUCUAUAAAGGAGUUUGGAGUGUUUUUAACCACAACUUUUUAUUCCGUAUUUGCCUAUGUUUGGAUGUUACUUGUUGUUCAGGUUAUAUCUCCCGGAGAGAUUGAAUGGUGGGAAGCAUGGCUUACCAUAGCUUUCAUGCCAUUGUUUGUGUUGCAUUCAUAUGCUCAAGAUAGUGGGUGGUGGUGUCAUAAGUGUUGUAAAGGAGCUUCUGUGUCGGAUGAAACAGGAGAUAAACCAGCAAUAAGAGUAUUUACCCAUCAUGCCAGGAAAGGUUCAAUCACAGGACAUGCUGUACCUGGACAAGAAUUACACAUGUUAGAGGCUGCACAUAGAAACAAAACUCACCAAUUAAGUGUGAUCAGCCUGCAUAAUAGUUUGGCUGCAGAUAAACACAAUUAUCUCAAGAGUGCUUCAUCAACAAAGUCACCAAAUAAAAUAUCAAUCGAUAUUGAUAGUAGAGACAGUGAUCAGACCGACACAGAGAGUAUAGACAGUAAACAUGGAGUGUCAAAACAUGGUGACACUAAGGUGUUUGCUAGAGCAAGUAAACCUGGUCCAAGACCCCUGCAUUCCAGGGCAAAAUUUCGCCAUGCAGUUGUAAGUGCUAUGACUGGACAUAAACCUACCAAAAGACAUGGCAGUGCUGGAAAGACCAGGAUGUCAGAUAUUGUGUCUGCUGUACAAGGCAUUCAGGAUGUGUCUAAGAAAGGUUACAUGCCUAGCUCCAAAAAUCUAGGUGCUCUGUUUUACUUUCCUUAUAUAGUUGACGACCAGUUAUAUGGGAAAUUUACAUUUUCAUCACAAGUAUAUGAAGUAUUAGAAAGCAAAGGUCAACUAGAAAUAGACAUCUUGUUCCAUAGAAAGAUACCUCAGAACAAGAAUAGUGGUGGAUUACAGAUCAUGGGAAUACUGAAGAAUGGCCAGACAGUAAUGAUGAAUGAAACUGCUGUGGAUCAAAAGUUUAAAGAUGUCAGUGUAGAGUAUGAAACUAGAGAAGGUUCAGCUAAAGCAGGAAGUAAAUUCAAAUAUACCAGUGGAACUCUGAAAUUUGCAGAAAAUGAGUAUAAGAAAACAGUUAUAAUACCAAUCAUUCAAGACAAUCAGUACACAGGGAAUGCAGAUUUCUUCAUCCUUCUGAAAAAUCCGUCCUCUGGAGCAGGAAUUGGUGAUCCAAGUGUUGGUAGAGUUAACAUUGUAGAUGAUGAUGCACCUGGUGAGUUCCAGUUUCAAGACAGUCAUGUUUUUGCAAAAGAUGGAAAGAUUACGGUUAAAAUUAUCAGGGAAAAGGGUUAUGAUGGAAAGGUUACUUUGGAAUAUAGUACACAUGAUGUGACUGCAGUUGGGGGAGAGAGUUUGAAGGAGAAUGACUAUGUUGCUGUCGAUCAUUCUCAUAUAGAAUUCAAACAUCAAGAAAAGUUUAAAACCAUUGAUGUCAAAGUUAGCAAAGAGGCCAAGUUUGAACAUGGCCAGGGUUCCAAGAGUUUUAUUGUGACCAUUAAGAAUCCAUCAGUUGGAGCUAAAGUAGGAAAGACAGCUACAGUUGUCUGUCAUAUAAAUAAAGAAACUUUAGACGACAGAAUAGCUGAUGUGGUAGCUGAUAUGGAAGAAGAGGAAGAUAUAACAUGGGGAGCACAGUUUUAUAAUGCAUUUAGUAUUGGUGGAGAGAAAGAUGAAGAAGGAAACAAUAUCACACCUAAAUGGCAUGAAUUUCUAUUACAUUUCCUUACUUUCUUCUGGAAAGUUGUAGGAGCAUGUAUACCUCCAACGAAAUAUAUGGGAGCAUGGCCAGCAUUUGUUCUUUCACUGCUGUAUAUUGGAGUAUUAACAUUGUUUAUUCAGCAAUUAGCUGGCUUGCUUGGUUGUGUAAUAGGUCUAGAAACCAGUGUUACUGGUAUAACUCUCAUUGCUCUGGGAACCAGUUUACCUGAUACAUUUGCUAGUCGUACAGCAGCUAAACAAGAUGAGCACGCUGAUGCAGCCAUUGGCAAUAUUACUGGUAGUAAUAGUGUAAAUGUAUUCCUUGGACUUGGUUUACCUUGGGUGUUAGCCACCAUGUAUGGAAUAGCUAUUGAUAAACCGUAUAAAGUGAAAACAGGAAACCUGACAGUCAGUGUCAUUAUUUUCUGUGUUUUGGCAGUUAUCUGUAUAGCUACACUCAUAUUAAGGAGAAAGCUUGUUGGUGGAGAACUAGGAGGCAAAAAUGCUACUGUAAAAUGGAUAACAAGUUUCUUGUUGUUUACACUGUGGAUUAUUUACAUUGUCCUGUCAUCUUUAAGGGCAUACAAUAUUAUCACUUGGUAAAUAAUGUUAUCAAAAGGGAACUUAUGCAUUAUACUGAAGAAGUAUGUAUCUGAAAGGUUUAUCUACAUAUUAUGACAUACAUAACAGGAUAUUUGUUUGUUAGCUUUUUAGAAUUUUUAAAUGAAAAAAGCUGAAAUGUUGAAGGAAUUUCACAAUUUAUGAAUACAAAAUGUUAAAACAUUUUACAUUAUUAAUUUAUUUUAUUACAAUUUUAUGCAUUAAUUUUGUUUUAUUUUUUUUGCUACACAAGAUGAGCUUGACAUUUAUUUUAAAAGUUCCUUAUGUUCCUUCUUUAAAUAUUUUUGUUUGUCUAUGUUUGAGUGUUGACAGGGUAUGACAGUGUUUUAUUUAUAUGUUAGUAGAAUAUUUGACAAAAUCAGUUUGAUUGAUAAUUGUAUGUUGCUCAUAUUACACCUAGUCAUAGCAGUCAAAAAAUCAAAAUUACAUAGAGCAGUUUAAAUUAUUCCUUAGGCAAAUGUUGUAAAUGCCUUCAUGGCAAGCCACAAUUUCAAAAAUACUAGCCAUUGUUCAUACAUGAAUUAUGUAUGUGACCAGAUCCAUCAAGUGAAAAUAAAAUUGAGAGAUGGUAAAUCUGAAAAUCAUUGAUAAUUAUAUGAGUAUUAUCAUGAUAAAUAUGAUAUGAUAUUUUAAGGGUAAAAUUAAACAGACAAUUUAUGACAUUAUCAUCACACAUUUUAAAGAAUAUAAAAAAUAAUCUUUUAGUAGUGUUAAAUUUUACAUUGCUAUACAUAAUUUUUUUGAAAUAAUUGAAUUCUUCAAGUAUUUGUUCUUAUUCUGCUGUAAGAGAGAUAUGUGAUCACCAAUUUUUUGUUAAACAAUUGCUGAAAGGAAAAAACAGGCAGUUAUGUUACAACAAGGUUUAUUGAUAUUAGAAGUUAUGCUUAGAAAUAAUUCAAGACUGUAUUUGGCAUUUAUAUAUAUACAUAAAUACAUUUAUUUAUGAUAUUAACCAUUAGUAUUAUUUUACAUGUAAAUAUAUCUUUAGAAAACCAGUUGUGCAUGUUAUUAGUGCUAAUAUAGCAUUUGAAUCUCUAUGAAGCAAACUGUGAUCAACUGUUAUAUUUUUAUUAUUGUUUAUUUUUUUGUUUAUUUUCUUGUUUUUGUAAAUAUUAUCAGUGUUGUAUAUCUUUUGAAAACCAUUAGUUAUGUCAUAUUUUUGUGUAUAGCGUAGAAUUUUACUUUUACAUUCCGUUGCCAAAUACACAGUAGAAAAAAAUAUACAUAUUAAAUUCUACACAAAUAGCAUAAUUAUUUGAUUCUGUAUGUAUAUACUUGUUUUUGAGUUGCUGUUUAAUAAUUUAAUUUUGUUUUUGUUUAACAGAAUAUUGAUUAUUAGUGCAAGUUUAAAUCAAACAUUUUUAAAAAUUUGACAUCUUUGUUUUUCACUGCCUGGCAGUAUUUGGAAUGGUAAAAUAUAUAUCCUGUACUGCCAGUUAAUCUAAAAGCACUCAUUGGACAUAAAAAUGUUAUAAACUCAAAACAAAUUAUUCUGCAGAUGUAAAUGUGUUAUGUUUUACCAAAGAAGAUAUUAGUUAAUUAUUUUAAGAAUAAGUAUUAAGUAGUGGAAAUUUGCUGUGAUACAUGUUUGUAUUAGGUAGCAAUAAUGAUUAAUAACUUCUCAGUGCUUGAUUUUAACAGUACGUCAGUUGUAUUCUAUUUUGGUUUAGUUUAUGUUUUUCUUACUUGUCAUCAAUAUGAAAAGAGAUAAAUGAAGUUUACAGUUUUUACUAGACUAUGAUAGACAUGCACUACAGAUAAGCUUUUUAUCAGAUCCAUCUACAGGCAGUUGACUACAAGUCAUAUUACAAAAGUAACCUUACAAUGUAUAUAGAAACUAUUUGAAAAAUUGUUUACUGAGUGAUUAAAGAUGAAAAGUGCUUGUUUGGAUGAUGACAGAUCUAUAGUACUAGUUUGAUAUCUGAAAUAGUACCAACUAUUGUUUAUUUUGUUGUUACAGUAAUCUGAAUUACAUUGGUUUGCUAAUUAAAGCAGUUGUUUUCUAUGUUUGUAAAAAUUUAACGUAAUAAAGGUUUGAUUUUUUA